CUUAGUUGGUACACAAAGUCACAGUUUACAAUCAAUAUUUAAAUAUUUAUUAAUACACAUAUCGUUGAAAAACUACCGUGACCAUUUUGUGAAUAUUGUUUUCAUUUGUAUGCAUUCACCCGUAACACGUCUUGCCAGUGCUCCAUGAUGUACAUGCACGAAUGAAUGGCAUGCUUGUUAAUAUGACGGCAAAUACAAGUAAUUUGGGAGGAGAUUUCUUUAUGUUUAAAAACUUUUCGAAUUAUAUCCAUCUUAUAUCAGUUGCAAAUGGAAUUUUAUCUCUAUCAGGAUUUAUACUCAAUGCGGUUUUGUUGUUCCGAGUUCCGUAUUCGCCAUGGAAAGUUUUGGUUCAAAUAUUAUGUUUAGUUAAUGGACUUGGGGCAUUGAGUUUAAAUGCAAUUCUGAUGUUUUUAACAUUCAAGGAUUCUACGGACGGGUAUUAUACUGAAGUAUAUUUAUUAUCAUGGAAGAUAAAUCGGCAUUGCUCAUUGUUUCUAUUCAUGUUGGAAAUACAGGAAAUGUUGAGUCUGACUUCGUUACAGCUGUGUGCUUGCAUUUCCAUAACGAUGGCAGUGUCAAUCUUCCAUGUACGACACUAUUUUCAAUUAACUACCCGUAAAUCUUUAGUGCUAUGCGGUCUGAUGUUCCUGGUUAUGUGUGCAAUAAAUAUUCAUAAAUUUUCAUCUAUUAGGAUUAAUUCAACGUUUUAUGAAUUCAAUUCCCUGAGAUAUUUUCAAUGUCGAGCACGACAUGAAAUUCCUGUUUUAAUGGCGAAAUAUUUCCACUUGUAUUACCAUGUAUUUGUCAAACUAAUAUUACCCAUGAGUCUUUGGGGAAUUAUUUUCUUAUUUAUGGUUCUUAUUAUGUACAAAUUGUUUUGGAUGAAAUCCUUCAAUUCGGGUAAAGUGAGAAACAGUACUUGUUAUAAGUGGAUAUCAUUAAUUCUUAUUAUAUGUGCACUGUGUGGAAUAUCUUCCUUAUACAUGCAAGGUUUACAUUUUCUUGGAAAUAAAGCUGAAUUCCAGAGUAACAUACAUAUUGAUCAGACAGUGUCUGUUUUCAGGGAAUUGAAGAUGCAAUACACAUUCUGUACUUCAAUUACAGAGCAGCUAAAAACGGAAAAUUAUGAGAAAAAUUCUAUUUUAUUUUUUACGACUGAAACUACGCAAUCGUUUGUGCAAUUUAUGAGUUACAUGUUUACCUCAAUAUUUUAUACGUUAUUGUGUAUUAUUAGUGUAAACUGAAACGUUUUUUAAAAUCCUCUAUCAUUUGUUAAAAUGUUAUUACUGAUUGUAUUACUGAAAGAAAAAAUGUGAAUGAUUUUUCGUGUGUGAUGACAUGCAAUAUUGAUAUGUUUGUUUUCUGUAAAUUUGCUGUUUUAAACUGUUAAUAAAAUUUUGAAUUAUUCUAAAUACUCGAGAUAUCUACCCUUAGGCAUAGAUUGCCUUAAUCGUAUUUGGCACAUUUCAAAAUUUUCUCUUUUAAUGCUCUUCAACUUCGUAUUAAACUUGAUCUUUCAACUGUUUUAAUUCGAGCGCCACUGGUAAGUCUUAUGUAGACGAAACGCGCGUUUGGCGUACCAAAUGAUAAGCCUGGUAUCGUUGAUGAGUUUUUAUAGACUUAACAAAGGCAUUUUAUUCAGUAUGGCGACUUAAUCUUCUAUAUAAAAUUAUACUGAAAGAACCAAGGUAUUGGGGCUAAACUUUAUACUAUGUAUGAAAAUAUUUUAUUCUUAUUUUGUCUAUUGCAAAAUACCAAAAAGUGUGUCAGUCCUUUCCAAAUUUGGUGGUCAAAAUCUUCAGACCACUACUUUUCGAGAACUCUGCUGUUAAAUCACAUAAAUAUUUACCUGAAUUUGUGUCAACUUCAUAGAUAGAGGUGCAAUGCUAUUGUCAACUUCAUAGAUAAAGUCAACUUCAUAGAUAGAGGUGCAAUGCUAUUGUCAACUUCAUAGAUAGAGUUAACUUCAUAGAUAGAGGUGCAAUGCAAUUGUCAACUUCAUAGAUAGAGUCAACUUCAUAGAUAGAGGGGCAAUGCUAUUGUCAACUUCAUAGAUAAAGGUGCAAUGAUAUUGUCAACUUCAUAGAUAAAGGUGCAAUGCUAUUGUCAACUUCAUAGAUAUAGGGGCAAUGCUAUUGUCAACUUCAUAGAUAGAGGGGCAAUGCUAUUGUCAACUUCAUAGAUAGAGGGGCAAUGAGCUAUUUCACUUCAUAUUAAAAAACAUUCUUGAUAAAUUUGAUGAACAUUGUAAUCCAAGUGCCUUGGUUUCGAAACUUUCGUAAGACAAGUCAUCAAAGCAAUAACUGUAAAAAUUCUAUAUAUUUUGAUCAGGCGAGACACACAUUUUUAAUUUUUAAGUAACAGCUUUGUGAACAAGUCGUACGAAUGAUUACAAUUUAGAUCAUGAACAGAACACGUUUUUAGUAUGUAUGUGCUUGUCUAGUAUGUAAAUAAUUGCCUGCAAAACAUAGAAAUGACGUGUUAUUAUGCUUUCUUCGCAAAGACUUUUGUCAUGGUGUAAAUUUCUGUGAAUUUAUUUCAUAACUUUUCAAUACUGUUUUAUUUUGUUACAAUCUUUUUCAAUCCAUAUGUCGUAAUCUGCUUGAAGUUCAAUUAGUAAUAUAGAACUUAGAGUCAAUGUCAUUUUGUGAUAACGGAUUAAGCUUACUUAGCACUUGUGAAUAGACCAAAUUUGUCAAAUUUAUAUUAAUUAGUGUCAUUUUAUAUUCGAGCAAUUUACUAUUUGUUAUAAAAAGAGACAUUAAGAAAAUAUAUGGAGUGAGGAUUACCGAACGUUAGAAUACGGACCCCGUAUUGCUACAAUUAAGGACUUUCCAGCGGACUAUGCCGUUGUUAUUGUUUUAUGGACUUCCAUAUGUAACUUUGUUUUAUGUAAUCAAAUUGAUUUAGUUUGGAUUCAACAAUAGAACAUCGAAAGUACAACCUGUGUAUUUCUUAUUUAUUCAAAUCUACCGCUAGUUCCCCCGUGUUGUAAAAUUACAAUACGUCACUUUGAUACGACACUUAAACAACAAUUAAAUCUCGAGAAAUUGAAAGGUUUUAUACUGUGAACAAAUAUGAAUAAAUAAGUAUUUGGGAUUUACAUUUAGUUAAUCACCAAUUUCACUAGCCUUCAAUAAAUGCUUUUAACUGGAAUACAUUGUGAAAUAGAAAAGUAUCUCUAGAUGUUCUUAUAAUUAAGGUAACACACUAUGGUAAGCCGUCGAGGAAUUUCUUCCCUAAUUUUUUCAUAUAUUAAGAAAAGCCAUUUUUUGAUAUAAUAUAUAAUAAUGAUAAAUAAGUUUUAUUAUUUAGUAUUAAAUAUACAAUUUAUAAUAUUAUAAAUUCGAUUAAUAUAUAGUUAUACUACGUUCAUGGUAACGAUACUGAUAAAAAGUUAUUUUCAAACCACAACCGUUUUUAUAAAAUUAUCUGUUUAUUGAAUUAUACAUGCAAAUGCAUAUUGUCUUGCUUUCCAUUGCUAGUAUUUAUCGAGAGAACUGUAUUCUUAGAAGCUUGUUACACUAUUUUUAUAAAUUUUGAUCUUUUUUGUUGCAUAUUGAUAAAAUCAUGUUGCACUGUAUUGUUUCUGUUCUUGAUAUUUUAAACUGUUUUACUCCUAAAAAUUAUAUAUUAUAUAUCUGCA